GUUUACUGCCCUUCAUUCAGUAUUUCGGCGCCAACGGAAGUUGUUGUUUCAUAAAACAGUAAUUUAUUUUGUUGAGAAAAAAAGUGAGAAAACUACAUUUAUAUGACGUGAAAAAUAACAUCAUGUUUGUUACCGAUCUUCCAAAUGAUUUUUACAAAGUAGUACGAGGAAAUCGGUGCCUUCUUUUAGUGAACUUUGACGUGGAUGCAAUUUGUGCUUCUAGAAUUUUGCAAUCUCUCUUUAAAAAUGAUAAUGCAGUUUAUACAUUAGUCCCUGUGCAAGGAGUUGAUGAUUUAGUGCAAGCCUAUGCGGAAAAUUGGAAAGAGACAACAUUUGUUAUUUUAAUAAAUUGUGGAGGAUGUGUGGAUAUAACACAACUAUUGGAACCAGAUGAGAGAAUAAUAUUUUUUAUAAUUGACAGUCAUCGACCUUAUGAUACAGAUAAUAUUUAUUCUGAAAGUCAAAUUAGAAUACUCGGUAAUCUAGAGGCGGAGGAUUCAAUUCCGGAAUAUAAUGAUAUUUAUAGGGAUGAUGAUUCUGAUGAAGAGAAUUUAGUUCCAACUGAUGAUGAGGAUGCAGGUGACGAUGAGGAUGGAGCUAUUGAAUCAAAUCAAGCUAAACGAAGACGAUUGAAUGAAGAGAUAAUAUUAAAAAGAAGAGAAAUGAGAAAAUGGGAAGAAAAUCGAGAAACGAUUUUGUUCAAUUAUAAACAAUACAGUUAUUACGGCAGAUCUAGUGCAGUACAAAUUUUUGAAAUGACAUGGAAAAUGUCAAGAGAUACUUUAGAUAUGGCGUGGUGGGCAAUAAUUGGAGCUACAGAACAAUCUAUUCUUAAUAAAAUUGAAAAUCAAAAUAGCAUUAUUGAGGCAGCUAAUUUACAAGGACAUAUUUCAAGACUGAGUCAUAUGCGAGGAGUUACUGGAGAUAGAUUGCAACAAAGUUCAAUAAAAGUCACAUACGAUAAUGAUCUUCAAUUGGCACUUUAUAGGCAUUGGACUGUAGAGGCGAGUUUGAGACAUUCAAUGACAACGUCCGUUUCAUUACGUUUAUGGUCGAUUAAAGGUGAACAGCGUCUUAAGGAAUUAUUAGCCGAAAUGGGAUUGCCAUUAGCACAAUCGAAACAACAAUUCUCAGCAAUGGAUCUUAAUCUUCGACAAGAAUUUAAAGAAAUGGUUGAAAAAAUAUCGGCUAAAUAUAAUAUGGACAAUGUAAGGGGAACAAGUUUUACUCUUCAAUAUGGAUAUAGAUUUAAAUAUUGUGCAUCGGAUGUCGUUUACGCUAUGCUGGCAUUGCUCGAAUCAACUGGAAAAAAUAGAUCACCACAACAUUGUUUUAUGGAUGCAUCGGAUUGUAUUUCGAGAUUAAAGAAGGAUGUUUUAGCGAGAGGAAUUGAAAAGGCAAAGGAAAUGUUGUGUAAUAUUUAUAAAACAGCACAGGGUAUAUUGGAAAUGAAACAAGUUAUGAAUGCAGGAAGAUUUCUUUAUGUUGUACUUCCUGGUGGUAAUCUUGAUAGUCAUUUGUUCUCUCAUCCUCAUGCUCUUAUGAUGUUGGCACAAUUUGUUUUACAAGCUUAUGUUGAAAGUUCGAGAAGUAGACGGGCCCUUGGAUUGCCUCUAGUUGCAUCAGCGACUUAUAAUACUGAAACAAAUAUGUGUCUUGUCAUUGGAAUACCACCGGUUUGUGAAGAUCAACCGAGAAGUUUGUUUGGCCUCGCAUUUAAAGGAGCAGCAGAAAAUACGAAUUCUUAUCUUGAAGAAGAUUAUUUCGAUGCUACAAUUGUAAGACUGAAGAUUGAACAUCGGCCGAAAUUUUUCGACGCUCUGGCAGCGUUGCUGACGUGAUAAACGAAAGUUUUUUUUUUAUAGAUAAUAGAGAAGUGUAAGACUUAGCACCGUUUUGUAUAUAAUUGAUACAUUUAACUAGGUAUAACUUCUAUUUCUGUUAAUAACUUAUGUGACCGAAAGUGCGUUAAUUUUAAGGACACAAUUUUUGAUUGCAUGGUGUCAAGGGUGUCUAAUUUUUUUUUUUUUUAUUUUUGUUUUACAGUUAGUGUUCGUAACUAGAUAUUAUCAACGACACAAGACUUGUGAAAGAAAUUAAUUAUUAAAUUUAAAGGAAACAGUGUCAAAAAACGUUCAUAUAAAAAAUAAGAUAAACUACUAAAAUAAAUUAGAAACUAAGUUUAAUUUUUUGUUAGUUCCUAAUUUUAAUAAUUGACAUUUUUUCCCUUAAUCUUUAAAUUUGAUUAAUUUCUCUCAUAUCAAAAACAUGUAAAUAUAAUUUUUAAUUUUCUUUUAAAACCGUCAACGCACCGAGGUUUAAUUGUAAUCUUAUUUUGUGUAUAUAUUAGUAUAGUUUCUUUCAAAAAAAAUACUUUCUACAUGAAAGUUAGACUUAUAGAAAUUGAGUUUGUUUUUUUUAACGAAAUUAAUAUUUUAAAACUUUUUUUAUACACAAAGUAAUGAACUAAAAACAUAUUUAUGAAUCUUCAAUCGAAUGAGUAAAAAAAUAAUUUUCUUUUAAUUUUAACUCGCAACGAUUAAUUUUAUAAUAAUAGUAAUUAAUUAUUUUUUUUUUAAUGACGAAAGAAAUAUUUGACACACGAAUGCAAGUCACAUAAGAUUAAUAAUUACCAAUUCUGCCGAGCAGAAAAUUGUUCAACGUUUAGAAAAGUGUAUUUGUUUCAACGAUAAUAUUUUUUUUCUUUUUUUUUUAAUACCACAUGACCAUUAAUUAUUGUAUAGCGAUAUAAGAAGUUCAUAAUAAGAAUGAAUUAAUAGACAA